CAGAGGCCACCCUCCCCGCCUCCCCGCCUGCUCUGCGCCCGCCCCGCCCCGGCUCACUUUAAAAGUUUACUCUGGCCGGGACGCUGGGCGAUGCGAGCCACUGCAGCCUACGUCGGGAUGCUGCGCCUGGGGAGAAUGUGCGCCGGGGGCCCGGGGGUGCUGGGGGCCCGGGCAGCCCUCUCUCGGAGUUGGCAGGAAGCGAGGUUGCAGGCUGUCCGCUUCCUCAGUUCCAGAGAGGUGGAUCGCAUGGUUCCCCUGCCCGUUGGAGGCCUCAGCUACGUUCAAGGGUGCACCAAAAACCAUCUUCUCAGCAAGACUGUGGGCCGGUGCCUGGAGGCCACAGCCCAGAGGGUCCCAGAACGAGAGGCCUUGGUCGACCUCCAUGAAAACGUCAGGUUGACCUUUGCCCAACUCAAGGAGGAGGUGGACAAAGCUGCUUCUGGCCUCCUGAGCAUUGGUCUCUGCAAGGGUGACCGGCUGGGCAUGUGGGGACCUAACUCCUAUGCAUGGGUGCUCAUACAGUUGGCCACUGCCCAGGCGGGCAUCAUUCUGGUGUCUGUGAACCCAGCCUACCAGGCUACAGAACUGGAGUAUGUCCUCAAGAAGGUGGGCUGCAAGGCCCUUGUGUUCCCCAAGCAAUUCAAGACCCAGCAAUACUACAACAUCCUGAAGCAGAUCUGUCCAGAGGUGGAGAAUGCCCAGCCAGGGGCCUUGAAAAGUCAGAGGCUCCCAGAUCUGACCACAGUCAUCUCAGUGGAUGCCCCUUUGCCGGGAACCCUGCUCCUGGAUGAAGUGCUGGCGGCUGGCAGCACACAGCAGCAUCUGGAACAGCUCCAGCACAUCCAGCAGUUCCUGUCCUGCCAUGACCCCAUCAACAUCCAGUUCACCUCGGGGACAACAGGCAGCCCCAAGGGGGCCACCCUCUCCCACUACAACAUUGUCAACAACUCAAGCAUAUUAGGAGAGCGCCUGAAACUGCAUGAGAAGACACCAGAGCAGUUGCGGAUGAUCCUGCCCAGCCCCCUGUACCAUUGCCUGGGUUCUGUGGGAGGCACAAUGAUGUGUCUGAUGUACGGUGCCACUCUCAUCCUGGCCUCUCCCGUCUUCAAUGGCAAAAAGGCACUGGAGGCCAUCAGCAGAGAGAGAGGCUCCUUCCUGUAUGGUACCCCCACAAUGUUCGUGGACAUUCUGAACCAGCCAGACUUCUCCAGUUAUGACAUCUCGACCAUGCGUGGAGGUGUCAUUGCUGGGUCCCCUGCACCUCCAGAGUUGAUCCGAGCCAUCAUCAACAAGAUAAAUAUGAAGGACCUGGUGGUUGCUUAUGGAACCACAGAGAACAGUCCCGUCACAUUCUCGAACUUCCCUGAGGACACUGUGGAGCAGAAGGCAGAAAGCGUGGGCAGAAUUAUGCCUCACACGGAGGCCCGGAUCAUGAACAUGGAGGCGGGGAUGCUGGCAGAGCUGAACACGCCCGGGGAGCUGUGCAUCCGAGGGUACUGCGUCAUGCUGGGCUACUGGGGCGAGCCUCAGAAGACAGAAGAAGCAGUGGAUCAGGACAAGUGGUAUCGGACAGGAGAUAUCGCCACAAUGAAUGAACAGGGCUUCUGCAAGAUUGUGGGCCGCUCUAAGGAUAUGAUCAUCCGGGGUGGUGAGAACAUCUACCCCGCAGAGCUCGAGGACUUCUUUCACACGCACCCAAAGGUGCAGGAAGUGCAGGUCGUGGGAGUGAAGGACGAUCGGAUGGGGGAAGAGAUUUGUGCCUGCAUUCGGCUGAAGGACGGGGAGGAGACCACGGCGGAGGAGAUGAAAGCUUUCUGCAAAGGGAAGAUCUCUCACUUCAAGAUUCCGAGGUACAUCGUGUUCGUCACAAACUACCCCCUCACCACUUCAGGAAAGAUCCAGAAAUUCAAACUUCGAGAGCAGAUGGAACGACAUCUAAAUCUGUGAAUAAAGAGGGAGGAAGGGUCUGCCCAGGCCCUCCUCCUGUCCAUCCUCCAUACUCCCCUUGUCUGUCCUUGUGAUUUGGCAUAAAGAGCUUCUGUUUUCUUUG